AGACAUAUCAGCAAGAGUUAAGGCGAAAAAAAGUUUGAGUAUAUGCAAGUCAGAAAAGUUUGUACAAGAAGCGCCGAAAGUUAUCAUGACUGCCCAACAACAGCAGCCAUCUUAUUGCGAUUACAUCCCUGACAAGAUUGACCCUGAUGCUACUUGGUUUCGUUACCAUUUUGUUGGAAAACCUUAUCGUACCUUCAUUGGUGUGAUGCACAAUGCUGAUAACAACUCAAUAAUGAGUUCUGACACCAUAGCCUCGGACAAAAAAGUCGGACGAAAGUUAUCUGCGUCAAAAAAUAAAUCCAGCGGCGAUAACAGCAGUAGGAGCUCAUCAUUAUCCAAUGAUAACAAUAACGAUCAAUAUAGAAACCACAUAAAUGAUACAGAGGAUUCUUCUUCAAUGGCUAUUGUAUCGGUCAUUCAGGAGCGUGCAAGAGAUUUUGCAGGCCUCGGUAAUAGUGCAGCUUCUAUUCUCGGUACACAAUAUCGGAUCAUAGUACGGACGAAAAAACCCGAACAAGGACGCUAUAUAAUACAUGAGUCAAUGGCCAAGGAAACACGAAUGCGUUUGGAAAAAUUGAACAAAGGCUAUAGACUUGAAAAGACCUCGUUGAGUGAUCGACGUAGUGGCAAACCAUUUGCAAGCAAAAAUAAAGAUCGUUGUUCAAUUUCCUCGUCCUCUUCGAAUACCGGUGAUAAUUCUAUUGAUAAUUCGCAGUCGUCAAAAAUGUUACGGGCAGCUUUACUGACAGUCUGUCCCGACGUUGACUUGCAAUAUUUUAAAGAACUAUCAGCAGAAUCUACAAUUAUGGCAGGUUUAGAAAAGGAUUUGCUGAAAUAUGAUGAACUGCACAUUCCAAAAAGAUACAAGUUUGGCGUUUUGACUAUAAGAGACAACCAGACUACUGAGGAAGCAUGGUUCUCAAAUACAGGAUUAUCAAGGGAGCUACACCAUUUUCUCGCGACCAUGGGAAGAAAAGUAGAGCUCAAAGGAUACACCGGGUAUGCGGCUGGUCUGGAUACCAAAACUGGCGAAUCUGGCAAAUAUGCCUACAUCUCAAAAUGGAACAAUUUUGAUAUUGUGUUUCACGUGGCUCCAAUGAUGCCAUCACAAAUGAAUGAUAGGCAACAAGUUUUAAGGAAAAAGCAUAUAGGAAAUGAUAUUGUUUGUAUAAUUUUUCUCGAGGGAAGUGGGAAACAGAAAUUCAAUCCAGAGGCAAUUCGGUCACAAUUUCUCCAUGUAUAUAUUAUCGUACGCCCAGAAACAAGUGGAGGUAGAAAGUUUUGGAGAGUUGAAGUUGUGAGAAAGAGUGGCAUUAAGGAUUUUGGCCCUCCAUUACCGAGUCCGCCUGUAUUCUAUGAUGAUGCAACUCUUAAGGAUUAUUUGACAGUAAAACUCAUUAAUGCAGAAAAUGCAGCAUUGAAAUCCGAAAAGUUCUUUAUACCGAACAAUAGAGCAAGAUUAGGCUUAUUAGCUACACAUUUGCAAACAGGAAUAAGCUUCAAUAGGCCUCAGGUCACAAGAUCAGUUAGCACACAUCGUUUAACUUCUACCGAUUCUGAUAUUGCUAAAUCAUUCUAUCAUACUGCUGAUGAACAAAUAUUCUUCUCAUGGCAGCAGCAGCAGCAGCAAAAACACAUCGCCCAAAGACCUAAAUCAGCUGCUGACAAACCGCUCCAUGGUAGAAGUAGCCAGGAGCACACAAUAUUAUCAUCGUAUCGCUUGUCGCAUACAGCAAUUGAUGCUGCUAAUGAUAUUGACUAUUUGAAAAUGAACAUCACUGCCCCUAAUAUAGAUAGUAUACCACCUAUGCCUCAAGUAUCAAAAUCAACACUAUUGCAAGAUUUAAAGAAAGGAAUGCGCUCAAGCACAAAGAUAUUCAAAAACAACAAAACUAAUAGUAGCGGCAGCAAUAGUAGCUACGCUGAAAGAAAUUGAUUAGCUCCCGAGUGUCAUCUGGCACCCACACCACUAGCAGCGCUCAAAGCAAGAAGGGGGAGUAGCAGUCGAUGAAGUGUUUAUGACUGAUGCAAUAAUUUGUGACCAGUUUGCAUUAUGUGUAAAAAUUAAACGCCUUAAUAAAGAUACCUUUUUAUAGUGCUCAAAAGCUGAUAUCUUAGGUUAUUGGCCAUCUAAUGUAUUUUGAAAUCAUGACGAUAAAAUUGUGAACAAGAAGACGUUAACAGAUUCUUAGGACAAAUUCGAUAUGAUAGCCUUUUUUCUUGGCUACCAAGUUUUCCUUUCGAU